AUGGAAUAUAAAGUGACUGUUGCUCAAGGGAAAGUGGUUUGGUACAAGUUAUAUAAUGGAACUGCUGUUCCAAUGAUGGUCAGUUUUUACUUAGUUUUCUUUCAUUUUUCUUUCAACGGCGCUAAAUAGGCAAUACCAUUGGCUUUUGGCCGAUUGUUUUCUUUAACUUUCGAAAUAAAAGUAGACAAUAAAGGUCCGAGCCCAGAAACAUCGCUUUUUGUAUCUUUUUAGGGUCGAUGUGAUCAGAAUGAAGCUCUUCUGAAUGAUGGCGUAAGGCAGUCCCCGGCGAAAAUUUGAUGAAUUAUUCAUGAAAAAUUCAUGAAUUUUGUUCAUGAACUUCCAUCAAAAGUACAUGAACUCUUCAUGAAUGUGCAUGAACGUUAAAUGGCACAGUUCAUGAAAGUAACAGUUCAUGAAUAACAAGUUCAUGAACUUUUUUGUUCAUGAACAGUUCAUGAACUAAUGUUCAUGCAUUUUUGAAGAGCAAAUCAUGAGCUAUAUUCAUGAACUUUUCAUGAAUUUUCUCAUGAACAUUAAAUGGCACAGUUCAUGAAAAUUGCUGUUCAUGAAUACUUCAUGAUCUUGUAAUCAUGAACAUUUCAUGAAUCAUUCACGAAUAAUUCAUGAAUAAUUCAUGGUCAGCGUUUCAUGAAUCCUCAUGAAUUUUCAUGAAGUGAUUCAUGAACACUUCAUGGCACAGUUCAUGAUCAAUAUGCAUGAAAUGUUCAUGAACUGAUUUAGAUUUCUAAAAUUGGAAACCAUAUUAUAACAUAGUUCAUAAUCUUUACUCUAUGAGAAUGGGCCUGUCAAUGAAAUCGUAUAAUUAUAAUAUACGAACCAUGCACUUAUGAAUCGUUUGGGAAAAGGCUCAUGAAAUUAUUCACCAACAUUUUAUGAAUUUUAACUAGUCUUUAAAAUCCAGCUACGCUUCAAUUUUUACCUAUAUACUGUUUAACAAAUAUAAAACAUUUUCCGUGUUGAUAUACAGUUAUAUCAACACGAGUGGAAAUUGGGAAAACGAGAAAUUGUGUGGAAACACGACGCCCGAAGGGCGGAGUGUUUUCACACAAUUUCGAGUUUUCCCAACUUCCACGAGUGUUGAUAUAACUAUAUAUCAAUACGGAAGAAAUGUUUCAUAUUUGUUUUAUAAUAUAGCAAUGUCAAAAGCCCGAAGAAUAAGAACAAUUUCCGUGUUACAAGCGGCGGAAAAUUUCCCGUGUUGACAUGGAGUUAUAUCAACACGGCUCUUAGCCAAUCAGCGUUCAGAAUUUACAAAUGCUAUAUUAUAAAUACAGUUAAACUAUUACAAGGUUGUCUUUACUAUAUGUGUUCAUAUAUAUGCAGUUCAGUAUGACAUGCAAACUUAAAAAUAACUUCAAUCUUCAUGCACGCAUUUCUUACUAAAACUACUUACUGUCGAAACAGCUGAAAUAACAAAUUAAGUCUUCCGACCAGUCAUGCCGCAUUUUACCACAGGGCAAACUCGCAAACAAGGCAACAAAUGGCAUGAACCUCGUCAUACAUCCAUUAACAAAAUCACGUAUUUGCUUAUAGAUUAUAUAGGAGUUUAUUUAGGCAUGUCUUGGUCAAAUGUGUGCUCGUAAUAAUCUAUAUAGUGUACAUUAUGAAUGCUAAGAAAUGAAAUACGUUCCACUUUUACGAGUCUUCUUAAUUCAAUAAUAAUUCCUCAUUCAAAUAAGUUGAUGGCAAAAUCAUGCACGACUAUAUAUAAAUUUAAUCGAUUCAAAACUCGAUUUCUUAUAUACUGUAUAUACAGUUCAUCACAGUAUUAUCACUUCGACUCUGUCUCGAUCCGUACAAUAUUUGCGCCAUGCGGUUGCGCUGUCAUACCAUAGAAAAUUUAGCUACUGUAAGAUCAAUACUUGGCAAUUAAAGAUUGAGGAGACACCUAUAGUUCCGAGUAUAUGUACACUAUGUUUGUUAAACAUUUGAUAUAACGCAUUUAUUGAAACGUUUUGGGCAUAUUAAUUUAUGGCCGUAUUAAAAACGGUGAUCCGAUAUACUAUUAUAACUUACUUGAUUGCGCUUAAUUUACGCUAUACUAUUUGCUGGAAUUUCGCUGACGUAGCUAUACCCCUCCUGGUAAUUUCACCAACAUUGUAUUCUUGAAAUACAUAUCCAAGCCAACAAACUCCAGUAAACCCAGCAAGAACAACGAAGAACAUAAUAAAACUGAAGUGCUGCGUUACAAAAGCACGCAAAUUUGUCUUCCCACACUAAAUGUGAGCUGUAUUUGUAUAUAGCUCGAGGCUUGGCCGUCAGCCUGUCUACAUGGCCAAGAUGCGCAAACCUGAUUAGAUAUCAAAUAAAAUUGGCAGAAAAGACGUUCAGAGUUUGAUUCAGGUAGAAAUGAAUAGUAUAAAAGUAUAGACCUUCAAGACAGCUUUUUCUAUAUAUUGACCAUAACCACGCAUCAACUAAUGUUUCAGAAAUUGCACUUUUUCAAAUAUCACUCAAUUUGAAAUGACAAAUUUAAUACAGACUACAGUAGUGAAUAUAGUGUAUAAUUCUUUACAGACUCGUAAUAUACGAUCGUAAAGUUAAUAUCAUUAAACAUGCAUCGACAUUCAUUAAAUUAAUACAUUUUAUAAAUUAUUUAUGAUGUAUUAUAAUCCACUAAAACUGUUCAUGAAUAGUUCAUGGUAGUUCUCAAAGCGAAAUCAUGAACGUUCAUGAAUCAGUACAAAUUCAUCAAAAUUUCAUGAUAUGUUCAUCAAGUAAAUUCUAUGAAUUUUUCAUGAAUAACCAGUUCAUGAAAUAUUCAAAUGAACAUUCAUGAACAUUCAUGAACUAUUCUGUUCAAAACAAAACGUUCAUGAACUGAUUGGCCAUUCAUCAACUGUUCAUGAACAGUUCAUGAAGAGCAUUCAAGAACACUUCAUGAACACUUGUUCAUGAACCAUAAGUAAAAUAUUUGAUGAGCGGAGCAUGAACUGUUCAUGAAUGUACAUGAACGUUCAUGAAUGCACCAUCAAAGUUCAUGACUUCAUGAACAAAUUUUCGCCGGGGCAUUGACGUGUUAAACGUAAAAUUACACGAAUAAAGUUUUAUAUUUGUUAUGUUAAAUCUGUGCUAGUUCUAUUUCAAGAUUUUCAGCACCAUCUCAUGCGGAGAUAUAUAAAACUAGUUUCAUAUUAUUUUGAUACUUCUGAGAAAAACUAAAAAUUCGAACUUGCAUCUUUGGAUAUCUAGACUCGCUACCAAUCCCUGUUGACUCGAUAGCUCAAUAUAUAUGUAUAGAAGGAGUGUUGGAAUAAUUUUAUUGUAUCUGGAGUGUCGGAAUAAUUUUAUGUUGGUUCUAUACAAUAUUUCUUUACAGAUUGUUGUUAUCCCAGAUAGUGUCGCUGCCAAGAAAGUACCGCCCGUGCCAGGGUUAUUGGAAUACCGCAAGGACACCGAAAAACUUUAUGUAAGAUCAAAUGAAACAUGGAAUGUGAUUGGCGAAGAAAAGAAGGUAAUAUUCCCCGUGAUAUACUCUCCAUAAUUAACAUCCUGCAUGGGUAUCCAAAAAGUCUCUUUUUCACGAUGAACGAAAAAAGUAUAUCUGUAGAAAACACUCAGUCUUUCAGAAGUUAAAAUUUCUCUGCUUUCUUAAUUUAGUUGUUAGGAAAAGCGUUGAAACAGACCAAACCCGGAUUGGAACAAGUUCAGAAAAAGGCAAGGGAUGUUAUUAUUAAAAU